AUGUUGUAAAAUUCUUUUAGUCUGAUUGUUUAAGUAAUUAUAUUACAAUGGAAAUUAAGUACUUGUAUCACUUGUGUUUCUCCUAUAGAUUGUCAAAGUUGUUAAGCUACUUAUACUCUUACUAAGCUUGGAUGUGUUUGCAAGUAAAACUAAUAUGAAGAAUCAGAUUAAUGCUAUGAGUGCCCUCCUUUGUGCAAAUAAUGCUAACGUUUGACUUUUUGUAUAGAUUGCCUUUUUAGUGAUUUUAGAGAGCUAGUAAAUGGAUAAUGUGUGUGUUUUGAGGGAUAUUAUCAAGUGGAAGGCAGUUCGGUUUGUUUAAAAUGCAAUUCGUUCUGCAAAGAAUGUUUUGGGGCAACUUCUAAUGAUUGUAAAGUUUGUAGUGACAUUGUGGGCAUUUAAUAGAUUGGUUCUAUUUGCAAAUGUGCAGAUAAUGCAGUUUAUGAAGAAUAGUCUAAUUCAUGCACUAAUUGUCAUUCAACUUGUUAGACUUGUUUUUCAAAAUACAUAAAUGGAUGUCUAACUUGUGAUGCAACAUUAAACAGAAUUCUGAAAGGAUUAAAAUGCGAAUGUUCCUUUGGCUAUUAUGAAGAUACUAAUAUAUGUUUGAGUAUGAUAAAUUACUAUUAUAUUAGAAUGCCCUUUGACUGAAGAUAAUUCUUUACCUUAAUACUAUGUUUUAUGUGAGGACAACCAAUUAGCUUGGUUAUAAUAAGUUGUUAUUUUGUGGUGAUUCACCAGUUGUAGGAAAUGAAGAAUAUGAUGAUAAUAAAUGAUAAAUGCUUUAAUUGUAGGUUUUAGUGUUCAGCUCAUUGUAUGAAUUGUGAUGAUGGUACUGUACUUUCAUGUCCAGAUGUAUGUGGAGGUGGUAAAAUUUCUGGUAAUGAAGAAUGCAAAGAUGAUAAUAAUAUUUAGUUUGAUGGAUGUUAUAAUUGUAAAUUUCAAUGUUAAGAAUCUUGCACAAAAUGCCUAAUGGGAGAGUAUCAAAUGAAUUAAUUUAAGUUAUCAAUACAUAGACCCAUAUACCUGGGGAUAUAAGGAGAGAUGUGGAGAUUAAAUGAUUGUAGGAGAGGAAUAAUGUGAAGGUGGAAAUUAAUCAAAUACUGAUGGAUGCAAAGAAUCUGGAUAUUUUGUAGGGUUGGAUGUUGGUAAUGCGAUAAUGUCAAAAGAAAUGUCUUGCUUGCGAAUUUCCUAGAUUAAUUCCAAAUUAAUAUUUUUGUUAAGAAAACUGUGGAGAUGGAAUAGUUACAGCAGAUCCUUAUGGAUUUUCUAAAGAAGUUGA